GGCGACGGGGGCGACGUGGGCCAGAUCUUCUCGUGCCGCCUGCAGGACACCAACAACUUCUUCGGCGCCGGCCAGAACAAGCGGCCGCCCAAGCUGGGCCAGAUUGGCCGGAGCAAGCGGGUUGUUAUUGAAGAUGAUAGGAUUGAUGACGUGCUGAAAAAUAUGACAGACAAGGCACCUCCGGGUGUCUAACUCCCCCAAAGACAAUGAGUUAAGGGAGAGAAUCAGAAUCAGAACGGCGAAAGCAGUUAUUUGGAAAAAGAGAGAGAGAGAGAGAGAGAGAGAGAGAGCUUGAAAAGAGAAAGCGCUUGGAAAUUCAUUACUAGCUUGCUACCCACGAUGAAAUCAACAACCUGUAUCUCCUGUCAGGCCUGGAGUCAGAUGAGGCUGAAAAGGAGGAGGAGGAGGGUCUGGGCUCCUCUGCAGAAAUAAAAAAAAAUUAAGAAAAGGAAAUAACAUUAAAAAAGUUAAAAGAUCACUAUAUACACACAUAUAAAGAAAUUUAAACCCGAGAAGUCUCCGUUGCAGCUAUUUGUUGACAUAACCCCCCAUUUCUUUUCUAUAAACCGGAGGUCCAUCUGGAUCUGGAACCUCUUAAAUAACGCCCCCCCCCAGGGGGGGUAGUUUGAGGCAUUGGCAUUCUUCAAUGAUCUGGCUGCUCCCGAUGUUUACAGUAUUUAAUCUUGCAAAAAUAGUUUUCUGCACUUGGAUGUGAAAUGCUGUCCAGUUGAAUUUUUUUAUGUUGUUAGAUGUACACAAAAAAAUCUGAAAAUGAUCUCUCUCAAUGUACUAUCGGUCCUCUUUGGAGGUUACCAGGUAUACAACAAGAUGGGAACUUUUCUAAAGACUGGUGUGCAGAAAAGAGCCUUUUUUUCAUUUUCAAAUGAAUUGUAAAGCUUGUGUUCCUUUGUUGCUGCAAGCUAUUUGUCCAAGUUAAUGCAAAUGGACAGUUUUCUAUGUCAAAACACACACACACACACACAGAAAAAAAAUGCUUGAGCUUUUUCUAACCCCCUUGCAGUCUGUUGUGUGAGCAGCCUGUUUUUUCCUCUAAUAUUGUGUCAGUUUAUUCUCUUUAAUGGACUGUAAAAAAAAUGUAAUCACAAGAGUGCCAAAUAUCUUGAAAUGCCAAAAGGCAUUUUGGUUUCUUCUCCCUGUGCUCUGAGUCCGUGUACAGGAAUGCUUGGACUGUCUUUUCUGUUAUUUAUAGGGUUUCUCUUAAGGCGCACCAGCUGCCUGUUUUGCAUGGUAUUUGCAAAAAUGCCUCUUGCGUGAGGAAAUCUUUUACCAUUUAUUUUUGUUUGUUUGUUUGCAACUUUGGACCUCAAGAGGUUUCCUUUUCCUUCUGAGCCCUGUUCCCUUUUUUCUGAAUUCAAUCUUCUGUAUGUUGCACCCUUAAUCAGCACAUAGGGCUAUUUCUCCAAUGUACAAUAAAAUAAUUGUUCCUGUC